UAUUGAUGUAGAGAGUUAGAGGUGCGUGGAGGGUGCGGCAGAGUGCAGCAGCAGCGGGACCGUCACAUACCUCCCAUCACACUCCUGCAGAAGUACUUUUUAAUAUCCACAAUGUUGGCCAGGACCGCUCUCUCUACAUUAAAUGCCUUCAAGGCUCAGCCAAUGAGCAGAGGCAUGGCUGUUGUGACAAAUUUCAAACCGCUUACAAUGUCAGACUUGCCAGUUCCCCAAGGUUCUUGGAAAGAAGCUAACACCAAGAAACAACGUAGCCACAAUAUUACACUUCUGACAGGGGUUGUUAUUGCUCUUGCCACUAUUAUCACUGCAAAGGAAUCUGGACUUGUUCAGUUCUACUUCGGUCCAAAGAUUGGCAAGUAAACAGAUUAUAACCUUGUACAUACAUCAUUGUUGGCAUCAACAGUAAAUUAAAUCUGCUAUCAGGGAGCUCAGGAUUUUUCACCAACACCUUGAGAGCAACUUCUUUGUACAUUAUUUAAAAAUGGUAUGAUCAUGGUUAUAUGGCUUCUCUAAUACUAUAUUCUCUUUGUAGAUACAGUAAUGGCAAAUAUGAACAGCUGUGUAUUUCAUUCCAUGUGAAAAUAAAAAUAAUUUGAA